AUGGACAGCGAUAUCAGCCAAAAUGGCGAGACAAAGGCGAAUUUUCAAAACAAGGAGAGCACACUCAAUGGACUAACUACAGUCCCAACAUCGGUGACGCUGUCAUCUGAACAGUUCGAAAGACUCUAUUUGACUCCAAUGACCGUUCGCCAGUCACCGUUGGCCAAGAAAGUCGGAAAUCCGACACCACUAGCACUAGGAGGUUUUGUCAUUACCACAACUCCCCUUUCAUGUUGCCUAAUGGCCUGGAGAGGAGCAAGUGGAAAUGGUAUUGCUUUCAUUGGACCUAUCGUCUUCCUUGGUGGUCUUUUGUUGCUCAUCACAAGUAUCCUUGAGUUCAUCAUUGGAAAUACAUUUCCCUGUGUUGUGUUUGGCACCAUUGGCGGAUUUUGGUUUGCGUUUGCAGCCACAAUGAUUCCCGCUUUCAAUGCAGCUGCUCCCUAUUCCUCAUCAACGACAGAUACAACUGCCGGGCUAGCCAGCGAAGGCUUCAUGAAUACCUAUGCAUUCCUAUUCAUAACCAUGGCGGUUCUGAUGUUGAUUUUCAUGAUUUGUGCAACACGCAUUAACGUGGUCUACACUCUCAUCUUCCUUUUCCUGCUCCUAGUUUUUAUCCUUCUGUCUGCAGCCUAUUGGCAGCUAGGCCAGGCAAAUGCGCCUAUUGGUGAUCGGUGUGUAAAAGGUGCGGGGGCUUCGCUCUUUGUCGCUAGUUUACUCGGCUUCUACCUGUUGAUUGUUCAAUUAUUUGAGUCUAUAGGGUUCCCAUGCUUUUUGCCAGUUGGAGACUUGGCAACACUCUGGACACGCAAGCAAAACAAAGGACAACGAGAUGAUAUUGAGCAGCCAGCUACUGCUCGCGACAGUUGA